UGUUCGUACUUAAUGGUGUUAAUGAAGCAUUUUACUCCCUACACAAUUAGUCAAAAAUGAGAAGAAAGUGUAAAAAAUAAAGUGAUAUGUUACCUGCUAGCUGUCCCCAAGGCACAGGAAGUAGUGGACCUACGCGAGAACGGCAAAAAUCAGGUGAAGUAGUCCCUGCGUCACCAACCAAAGAAGGACAAGCAUUUACAUUCGACAAGAAGCCUGAAAAUAAAUUGCAAAUUCAAAGUUCGCAGGACGAAGAGGAGCCCUAUUUUACAAAGCCCGCUUCGAGUUAUGAUCAACCUCGACCCAGAGCUAAUACAGUAUCUGAAGGAACCCAACCAGUGCGAAAUGCAUCUAAGACACCCACUGUUUUCCGAUGGGAAGGAGGAGGUAAGGACGUAUGUAUCUGCGGUACCUUUUCCAACUGGGAGACUAUUCCCAUGGUAAAAAGUUAUGGAGACUUUGUUGCCAUAGUCGACCUCCCAGAAGGCGAACACCAGUACAAAUUUUAUGUUGACGGAGAAUGGAAGAAUGAUCCCGGUAAUAAAAUUAUAGAAGAUGAUAGCGGGGCUAAGAACAAUCUUAUUGUUGUAAAGAAAUCAGAUUUUGAGGUGUUUCAAGCAUUAGCUAAAGAUAGUGAAAAUGCAAAAGAUGAUUCACAGAAAGAAUUUGGACAGGAUAUACCACCAAACAAACCUUGGGAAAAAACAAGUGGUCCACCUAUAUUACCACCACAUCUUCUUCAGGUUAUUCUAAAUAAGGACACACCAUUAUCAUGUGAACCUACUCUUCUCCCGGAACCCAACCACGUCAUGUUAAAUCAUUUAUAUGCACUAUCUAUAAAGGACGGAGUGAUGGUACUAAGUGCUACGCAUAGAUAUAGAAAAAAAUAUGUUACCACUUUGUUAUACAAACCUAUUUAAUGGGAUUUAAUCUAUUUUGUACAUAAUGUAGAUGGUAUUUUAACUGCGACUUCUUUGAAAUCUUGGUAUCUAAUAUCUAAUUGUUUUAGGGAUUUUUUUUGUAGAUACAAGGCUUUCAAUUUUUGUAUAUUAUUGAGAUAAGUAUUAAAACAUUUAAUUUUAUUUAAAUUUAAAAA